CCCUAACAACCACAAUCCAUUCCUUGAAGCCUUCGCCAUGUGCAAUGGGUGCAUCCAAAUGUCCUACUCCAUCAAAGCUUCAGUUCGCAGUCCUUUACAUGGCUUUAGCGCUAGCUUCACUUGGUGUCGGGGGCACACGUUUUACAAUUGCAACCAUGGGAGCUGAUCAAUUUGACGAUGCCAAAGAUCAAGGGAUAUUUUUCAAUUGGUACUUUUUGGCAUUAUACAUUGCCAAUUGUGUUAGCUUAACAGCUCUCAUCUACAUUCAAGACAAUGUGAGUUGGGGUUUAGCAUUUGGGAUUUGCACCGUCCUGAAUGCUAUUGCUUUGGUACUUUUUUUAUCGGGAAAACGAUAUUACCGACGCAUCAAGCCUAAGAGAAGCCCAUUCCUUAGCAUUAUGUGUGUAAUAUUUGCAGCGAUUCGGAAGAGAAAUGUCCCAGGCACUUUUGGCAGUCAAGAUUAUUAUUAUGGAAGUGUUGAGAUGACAAAUAUCUUUAAUAAUGGUCCAAGUAAAAGUUUAAGAUUCUUGAAUUGCGCAGCCCUAAAAAUUGAGAGUGAAGAUAGUCAAUCGAGUCGUUCCAAUGCAGGAUCAUGGAAGCUCUGCACAGUGGAAGAAGUGGAAGACCUCAAAACCCUACUCAAGAUCAUGCCAUUAUGGUCAAGUAGCAUUCUCUUAAGUACCACCAUAGGUGUGCUUAACAGCCUGGCAAUCGUCCAAGUUCUAACCAUGGAUCGACAUCUCGGACCACACUUCAAAAUCCCAGCAGGUUCUUUCAUAAUGUUUAACCUACUAGCCACAGCUCUCUCAAUCUUUAUCAUUGACCGUUUCCUCCACCCAGCAUGGCAAAAGUUCAUCCCUAUUUGGCCUCUGACACCCCUUCGACGAAUCGGGAUUGGCCACAUCAUCAAUAUCCUUGCCAUGAUGGGAUCUGCCCUAAUCGAAAUGAGGCGUCUCCAUGUGGUCCGAACACAUCAGCGGGUCACUAAUCAGUCUGACUAUGUGGUACCCAUUUCCGGUCUAUGGCUUGUUGUGCCACUAACAAUUUUAGGUAUUGGUGAGGCAUUUCACUUCCCUGGACAAAUUGCAUUGUACUACCAAGAAUUUCCGAAGUCAUUGAAAGGUACUUCCACGGCAAUGAUAUCGUUACUAAUUGCAAUCGGGCUUUAUCUAAGUACCGUCAUCAUGAAUUUAGUUCGUAAAAUAAUAGGAUGGUUGCCGGAUAACAUUAACCAUGGAAGAUUGGAUAAUGUGUUUUGGAUGUUGGCAGUAAUUGGAGUAGUGAACUUGGGAUAUUAUUUAGUUUGUGCAAAGUUGUUCAAGUAUCAAAAUCUAGAGAAAUCUAAUGACUCUGGUAGUCAUGUUCACUAGAAGGAAAAUUUCUCUUCUUUGAGAUAAUUGUGUUUGUUUGGAUUUUAUUUUCACGUUUGUUGCCAAUUUGGAUGUAAUUUCUAAGUUUUUUUACUUUGAAAUAAUUGUGCUUGUUUGAAAUUUGUAUAAUAAAUUUUCAUGUUUGU